UAUUAUUCAUUUUCAAUCAACUUGUUUUAAAAUAUUGCAUUCCAAAAUUCCAUUUAGGCGCCAUGUAGGUAGGUAGGUACGCUGUGCGUGUCACGUGUCGCGUCGCCCGGUCGCGCCGCUCGUCGUCCUCCCACCGCCCGCGCCGCUCGUCGUCCUCCCACCGCCCGCGCCGUUCGUCGCUCUCCCGCCGCCCGCGGCAUACCGCGGCAGCUUGCGACCAUUCAGUUGAGUCAAUACGAUUACUAGGACUGCACGUGAUCAAGUUUUUGAUACCAAAUUUUAAAACUCGAAAAUAAGCUAAGAAUAAAUUCCGUACCUAGAUAGUGAUUGUUUAUAGUUUUACGAGCACUGUUUUAAGCAGUUCACGAUGGAUAAAUGGCUAAAACCUGGGAUUGCUAAGGGGAAACGUGGUGCUAGCUUUGUGGACAGUAAUGUUAAUACUUAUCAAUCUAAUCAAGCUUUUGACCAAGUCUCAUCUUCACCAGAAGGAGAGACAAUUGAAAAAAAAACGGAAAUUACCAGUGGUGCUAGUUGUUCAGGUAUUGGUACGGAAGACACUUUUGUUGAACAAAAUCAGCAAAACACAGUGAUACCAUCUACUACCGACCAUACUGAACGUCAAGCGGGAAUAUCUUCAAAAAAGAGAAAAUAUGAUGAGUCCUAUCUGUCCUAUGGAUUUAUACCGAUAGGGAAUGCUGAAAAUCCUGAUGGAAAAUGUGUUGUUUGCAGCAAGAUUUUGUUGAAUAGCUCCCUGGCACCUGCAAAGCUUAAGCGUCACCUUGAUACUAAUCAUCCUCACCUCAAAAAUAAAAACAUUAGUUUUUUUGAAAGACAAAGAGAUGUACAUCAAGCAGGUGUGACCGCUUUACAAAAAUAUGCAAAAACUGAUAAUGAAAACGCCACGAAAGCCUCAUUCAUGCUAAGUUAUAAGAUUGCACGAGCUGGAAAACCUCACACAAUAGCCGAGGAUUUUUUGAAACCAUGCAUGACUGAAGUUGUUGCCUGCUUGCUUGGAGAGGAUUCAGCUAAGAAAGUGGCAACGGUACAGUGUUCGAACAACAUCGUAUCUGACCGUAUUCAUAAGAUUUCAGACCACAUUGAAGAUGAAUUGAUUGAUAGAUUGAAAGAAAGCAAUGCAUUUGCAAUGCAACUGGACGAAACGAUGGAGCUGCAGCCAUGA